CCGAGAACUACAUCUAGAUAUUUAGACUACUUGCAUUUGGUUGUGCAAUAUCGCUAGAGUAUAAUUUCUUUUGCUUCAAUAAGUAUAAAAUCUAAACCUAAGUGUUUUUCGCACAGCGGCUAGAUCUUGUGAUCUACUUGGCAAGUAGAGGACUUGCCAGUAACUGAGUAAUACUAGACUAGAGUCAGCAGAGAAAGAAUCUACCUACAAAUCUGCUAGGCUGUAGUUCAGUUUUUGUGGAUUCAUCACUGAAGAUUAAGUGUAAACAAUCAAUAGUUAACACUUCUAAUUGUCUAAUGUCACUACCCAUUUGCAAGUUUUAUAGUUUAAAUAAAUCAUGCAAAUUUGGUAAACAUUGUAGAUUUUCACAUCUUACUGCAAGUGACAGACCUCCUUCAUUAAAACUAGACACAAAGUAUGAAGAUGAACCAAGAGUAAAAAGCCAAGAUACUGCUGAACAACAGUUAGACAUUAACCAGUGUCCGAUACCUGAUAAUAUUUUGCAAGAAAAUGAACAGACAGUAAAAACUGAGGAAGCCACAAUUAGUGCAGGAGAGACAUUGCUUUGUUCUUCAUCGAAACAAAGCCCUAUCGGAAAUGGUGGUAGAAAAGUGAAUCGCGCUUUUCCUUAUAACGAUCAAAGACCUGUUUGUCGUUAUUUUUUAAAUUAUGGAAAUUGUCGAAAUGGUCGCUACUGCAGAUUCUCUCAUCAUAUUUCACAAGGUCAUCAUGAUGAUGGCUCAUACUAUAGACAGGAGGGAUAUAUUCCUCCACGCUUCAGAAAAACCAAUCAGCAAGCAGAUCAAAAAAAUGAGUUAAAUGGAGAUAAUGAACCGAUCAUUAAUGGCCCCAGUGCAUUUAUAGAUAAGAAUGACGCAACUGUCAAGGACAAUGAAGUCAAUGGCAGAAAAAUUUGCCCAUUUUUCAAGUCCGGACGAUGUUGGAGAGGACAAAAGUGUAAAUUUGAGCAUGAAGGAAGAACUGCUUCAAAUUUUUACAUAAAAAGAAUCGAGCGAAAGCCUGACAAUGUAAGUUCUCAAGAAUAUUUUAAUUCAGAAAACAUUAAACCUAAUGUCAGCAUUAAUGAGAUAAAAAGGCAGCCUGCUCCUCGCACAAUUGGUUUCAAACAAAUUUUCACAUAUUCUGAGCUAGAAGAGUUUGGCAUCUCUAAAGUACGAGAAGUGGACAUAACAGCUAUGAAGAAACGAUUUCCCAAGGAAAAGAUAACCAUCUUAGAAGAAAAAGAAUCCUUUACUAUGAAGUUGCUCUUUUCACCAACUGAUCCUGACUGGCCAUUUGAUAUUAUACAAUUUGAGUUGCUGUUUAAAGUACCAGACGAUUACCCUAAGAAAAUGAUGACUAUUGUAUUACCAGUAGAUCAAGACUUACCAGAGACAGUGAGAAGAUAUUUGGAAGUGAGCAUUAAAGAAUGGUUAGAUCAUAAGGUUGAACAAUUAACUUUGGCUGGUAAAGUGGAACUUAUUUUUAGACCUUUCUUACGAUGGCUUGACAGAAAUAUUGAAGAGUUAGUCACUGAAGCACUUCAACAGUUGAAACGUGAAUUGAUUGCCAAAGCAGCAGGAUUGGAAUUCAUUCCAGCAGCUAAACUCAAAGCCAGAUAUCAAACUCAGAGUGAGUCCAGUGAGAAUCUUGACGAGGAAGCUGAGCAGAAUAGCAUGAGUGAGGAGGAGAGUGCCACAAGUGAAGAAGAGCAGUCCAGCGAAACAGAAACUGAUUCUGAUGAGGAAACAUCAGGCCACCUUAAAAGAUCACUUAAUUUGGAUCCUGACAAGAAAGGCACAGAGGUUACUCUGCAACACUUACAGCUCAGAGAAAACGCUUCUGCUAUAAUGUUUGAGUCUCUUAAACUCAUCAUCCAGUGCCAGAGAUGUAAGCAUCAUUCUGAGCUGAAAGUGCCUCAGAACAAAGUGAUGUCCAUCCACUGUGAGAAGUGCAACCUAAACCAGUUUGUCAACUACAGGCCAUCACUGAUACACCAGUUCACAUCAGUGGUGGGAUACUUAGACGUGGAUGGAUGCCAAGCUUUUGACUUGAUUUUGCAAGAUAGUAGGAUUGUGGUCACCUGCUUGGGCUGCAGUAAACAAACUAAAUUAGAUGGCAUGGUUAGCGGUCAAAUGAUUGAUGGAUGGUGUCAAGCUUGUAAUGCAAGGUUCAAACUAGCAACAGAAGCUGUGAAGUUUACUCAGCUUUUACCUUCUGGUAUCAAUACAGCUUGCACUAAAGUGGUUGAAGUGCCAACAACUAGAGUCAAGAAGCCUCCUAAAGAUCCAGCCAUCCGAGAAGGUUAUCCUUUACCUGAGUUUGGAACAUGCAAACAUUACAAGCACAGUUAUCGCUGGAUGAGAUUCCCUUGUUGUGGCAAAGCUUACCCUUGUGAUGUCUGCCAUGACAAAAAAGAGGACCAUGAAAUGAUAAUGGCCACUCGAAUGAUCUGUGGGCAUUGCUGCAAAGAACAGAAUUAUUCUGGGUCCAGACCUUGCAAUAGCUGUGGUCAACAUAUGACAAAAGUCCGUUCAUCUCAUUGGGAAGGUGGCACUGGAUGCAGAGACAAGAUUGCAAUGAGCAAGACAGACCAGCAGAAGUACAAAAACAUGAACAAGACCCAGUCCAAUCAUAAGAAGAAACUACAAAGUGGAGCAACCAAAAAGAACACAAAACUCCGUCAUAGUUGAAUUCUGUUGAACAGAUGUUCACAUGAAGAAAGAAAUCUUUUUCAUUUUGCAUGAUAGUGUAUAAUAUUAUAUAACAUUGAUCUACAUUUUGUUGUACAAUCCUUAUUCUUUCAACUAAGCUAAGACAACUAAUAGGUGAAAUCAGCCAUUUUUAUUAGUUAAUAAAUUCAAUUACUUCCCCUUGCAUUAAAAAAAAAUACAUUACAACUUACAUUUAAUUCUUUUUUCAAUCUUUUGGUUACAAAUAUUUAUUCUAAAGAUGUUACAUUCAAUUUCUUUUUUUUUCUUACAAGUCUACAAUUUUUUGUUUUUAAUUAGAAAAACAUAGUUCAAUUUUUAUUAUUUUGUAUUAGCUGAGGCUAAAACAUUUGCUUGAUUACAUGAAAGUAUUUGGGUAGUUUAUUAAAUAAUAAAAUAGUCUUUAUUACAUAUCUAUUCCAUUUCUAAAAAGAAAAAUACAACUUAUAAUGACUGGCCUAUAUCAGCUAUUCAAGAUCCAGUAUUCCCAUUCAUCUGGUCUAUCAAUUGAAAGUGAUGAUUUUUUUUAUCUUUAAUAUCUUAAAAUAAUUAAGUUGCGAUAGAAAAAUUGAGAAAAAUGAUGUUUUUAGUUCUGUAUUGUCUUUUUAAUUUUCCUCAAACUUGAACAGUUUGACAUUUCUGAGAUUCACAUAGUUUUUGUUGAUUAUAAUAAAUGUUUGUUUGUUUGUUUUUUUAUGUUGACUGUUAGAAUAUUAUGAGCAGCUGGGGAUGUUAUUUCCUCUUUUUUAAAUUUUUGUAAUGUCUAAUUAUAAUCAAAGAAAUAUUUAGUGGUUGAUCUGUUGUUUGCAUAAAUAAAUUAUCUGAAAAUUUCUACUGAA